CUCACGCUACAUAUAGUAUAUAAAUGCUCCUCUUAAAAUUGUAAAAUUCCGCGGCUUUAUUGGCCUUCAAACCCCAAUGCGUUGCCCGCCACCACUGUCCGGGCCGUACGGUACCGCAGGCGCUGGCCCCGGGGGCGGCGGCGGCGGCUCUUUCCAUCCCUCAACCUUCCUUCAAAACGCUAAUUUUCAAUUCCCCGCCAGCAUCCAGCUCUUUCCGCAGCCUCCGAACUUUCCUCACGGUGGCUUUCAAAACCCUAGGGCAGUCCAGCCGCAGAAUGCCAUCUUUGGGAACGCUGGUUUCCAGGCGGCACCGCCUUUUUCGAUCCCUUCCGUCAAGCUCGAAACGAUUGAGAGCGAGGCUGUGAAAGUGCACCGGGACCUUGUUGCCACCGGAGAGGACGUCUCAGCGUUGAAGGUUUCCCAGCGUGUAGUCGUUGCGCUCAAGGUGGGUUCAUGGAGCUCUUUAGGGUUUCGUCUCCAAGACGUCCCUACUCUUCAACGCCUUCUUGAUAAUGAAGGAAAGGCUAGUGCAUUGAUUCACUGCUUUGUCUGUGCCCGGAAAAUUGCAUCAUUGUAUGAAUUGGAGUUAUUUCUCUGCCAUAAUAUGAGUAUUAAGCGGUUUGAAGAGCUUGGUCUCGGGCCUUUCCUCCGUCAACCACUUAUCAAGCAUUACUUCGCUGUUCCAUCAGUCGCGACCGAAGUUUUUAAAAUAACCAGCGAGGAAAUUAUUCUCUCUUUACAAGAAUUCAUUACCAAAUCCAAGGAUCGGAUUUCUGCAGAUAAGUUUCGUAUGUUUCUCGCAGAGCAGAAAUCUGUGCCAUCCAAGGAUUUACUUGGUGUAAGGAUUCAGAAUAUAGGGUUCUACAUAAAUCAUAUCCGAGAGGCAAAUAAAGCAGAAGAAACUCUUCUUAGAAAGAAACUAUAUAGAUCUGGACCUGGGGAUGGUAACAAUGAAAUUGUUGGAAAAAUGUGUGGCUCUAAACUUCGUCACAUUGCUGCUAAGAAAAAAAAAAGUGGCUUGCACUUCGACUAUAUAUCCAACCGUGUCAAAGCAUUCUCUUCUACAUGGAAGGAUUCUAGCAACGAGCAUGUCUAUUUUCUUUCCUCCUCGUCUGAUGAUGAUGAUGAUGACUCAAAGGUUGAUAAUGUUGUUGAUGUUGAAGAUGAUGAAGAAGGUAAAACAACAAAGGAUUGUGGCCAGCUUGUGAGUAGCUGUCCAUACCCAUCAAAUUCUGAAGAAAUGGCACGGCUGGGGUUGAAGCCUGUAGAAAGUUAUAAAACACCACCGGGCAUUGGUCAUGUUAAUAAUAAAGAGAACAUGAAAUUGUUUGAAAAGAAACGAAAACAUGAAAAUAAUAAUAGCGCAAGUUCAUCCUGCAAAUUUCUGAAAACUGUGAAAGUUGUUGACUUAGAGGACGAGGGUCGGAUGUGCGGUCUUACACUUAGUAAUGGUGAAGUAGAGAAGUUUGUGGCAACAUGGAAAGUAGCUUGUCAGAAACAUUCGCUAGCUGAGGUUCUUGAUAUGAUGUUGAGCUUCUACGUGGGAAAACCUAAGCGAAGAAAGAAAAUUAAAAAGAUUGUUUCAUCUCAUCCAAUCAUUGGGUGGUUCAAUGUUGCAGUCUCGUUCAUCAAGCGAGGAAUGUUUGAAAGCUUAUAUGAUACCUUCCAAGCCUUAGAUGAGAAGGAACUUUCCGGAGCAGAUGCUGUUUGUCUUGGAGAAAUGAUGGAUGCUACCCCAGCAGUUAAAUUUACCGAUCCAUCCUCUAUAGAUUGUGAUUACGGUGUUACUCAUGAUGAAAUCAUCCAGAAGAUUUCCAAUUAUUUUGAGAAUUAUCAGAUAACAUUAAAACAAGGAGAUUUGUCUACAGAAAAGAAGCUGUCGGUCAUAAAAAAGCUUUAUGACUGUGAGAUGUGGUUGCUGGCUCAAUUCAAUGUCCCACAAUUUUGUUCUCUUGGUCAUGGAAUUUUCUAUGAUUUUUUAGAAAAAUAUAGUUCCAUUCUUCCUCCUGAAAUGCUUUCAUUUCUUUGUAAAGAACAUUUUCAGGAAUCUUCUUUGGAAGCUUGUCUAAAUCAACAGCAACUAGCUGUUAUGCUAUCACAAGCUGAGGGAAAUUCAGUUGCUAAAGCUGAUGCAUCUGAUUUUGAUAUUUUCUCACUACUCAAAAAGCAAUUCCCUACAGCUAGCUUCCGUAUGGUUGGCGUGAAUCCUCAAAAAAGCCUGGAAAACCUCAUUAAUCAACGCAAAGAGAGUGGCAAUUCUAGCUGUAUUCUGUUCUCUGCAUGUUUGCUUGGGGACCAGCGGACUCGGAACUUACUGGCAUGCAAAGAAAACUCUUCCCUGUAUAUGGGAAAGAUGGAGUCUGAAGUUGCUCAGCAAAAUACUUUUAGAAAAACCUCAAAGGAGGCGGUGGAAUGUUUGUUGAAGGCACCUAUGCUGGCAGAUCUGUUAUAUUGGUCUCACUGGGAUCUUCUAUAUGCUCCAUCACUCGGACCACUUACAGAAUUUUUAUUAAGUAAAGUAAACUAUAAAAACUUGUUAUGUAUUGCCACAGUUGAUGGAAAAUUUGUUAGAAUUGAUCAUACUGCAACUGUUGAUGAAUUUCUGGAAGCUUUCGUUCAGUGUUCAUCAUUGCGUACAGCAUUAAAACUUUUAUCAUUACUUUGUCGGUACGGGGGAACAUGCAAUGCACCUCUUGCUCUUCUAAAAUGCUAUGCUCAAAAAGCAGUCGAUGUAAUUAUACAAAAUUCCGUAGAUUCAGUAGGAAAAGAUGCGGAUGAGCAAAAUUUUAUUCCAGGGCAAAUUGUUCUUAAUGCACGCUCAUGUUGUAGCAGUGUUCUAGCUGAUGGUAUUAAGGAUUAUAAUGAACUCUGUAAGCAUGGUACAUUAUUCAAAGUCAAUGAUGCAAUUUCUAAUAUAUCAAGGAUAAUAUUAGAGUGCCUUCAAUACCUUCCAUCUGAAUUCCGAGGUUUCGCAGCAGAAAUUUUCCUUUCGGGACUUCGGUCUGUUACAAAACAAACUCCUGUUGUCAUAUUGAGUCAAUGCAACAAAAUCGAGGAACGAAUCAUGCUUCAUGACAUUGGAAUAUCACUUGGUGUUACUGAGUGGGUGACAGAUUACCAUCAGUUUAGCUCUUCAACUGUUCUUAGCUCUGUGCCAUUUAAACCUUUAGAACAGUUGUCAAGCCCUUUUUGUUUGGCAUCAGGUCUUGAUCACAGCAAUUUAAUAAAAGUUUCUGAGGUUUCUGCUUCUGAAAAUCAGAUGGUUACUCUUGGAAAAAUAGGUGAUACUUUAGUUGUGGAUGCCAAUAAUCAAUUUUCAUCUGGAGUUAUUGAUGAAAGUCGAGAUCUUUGUGAAGAAACUGCGACGAGAAUUAAAAUUUCUGAAGGUCGAGUUCAUGAUGCAGCUGCUAUUGUUGAAUCGAUUAGACGGGAGGAAUUUGGGCUGAGCUCCAAUUUAAAUAAUAGCGAGGACUGGUUGCUAAAGAAGCAGCAUGCUCGCCUUGGAAGAGCUUUGCAUUGUCUUUCACAGGAAUUGUAUUCACAAGAUUCUCAUUUUAUUCUUGAACUUGUACAAAAUGCUGAUGAUAACAUAUACCCGGAUAAUGUCGAACCUGAAUUAGUAUUUAUUCUUCAUGAGAAGGGUAUUGUUGUUUUAAACAAUGAACUCGGUUUCUGUGCUGAGAAUAUCAGGGCACUUUGUGAUGUUGGAAACUCAACUAAGAAAGGAUCAAGUGGAGGAUAUAUAGGAAAAAAAGGCAUUGGCUUCAAGUCCGUUUUCCGGGUCACUGACUCUCCAGAGAUCCAUUCUAAUGGAUUUCAUGUGAAGUUUGAUAUUACUGAGGGACAGAUUGGUUUUGUUUUGCCAACAGUCAUACCCCCUCCUGAUGCUGAUACCUUUAAGCAAUACUUAUGUGAUGAUAGCUAUCAAGGUAACAACAUGGCAUGGAACACUUGUAUCGUUCUUCCAUUUAGAUCCCAAAGUUCUCAUAGUAAAGUAGGAGGUGGUGUGAGUUCCAUUAUCUCAAUGUUUUCAGAUCUUCAUCCCUCCUUAUUAUUAUUCCUACACCGUCUUCGAUGUAUAAAGUUCAGAAAUUCGCUUAGUGAUAGGCUUAUUGUGAUGAGAAAAAAUACUCUUCAGGAUGGCAUUGUUAAGAUUUCUCAUGGCGAAGAGGUUAUGAGUUGGCUGGUAACUAGCAAAAAGUUAAGGCCUUCUGUUAUUCGUACUGAUGUGGAAGCAACAGACAUUUCUCUUGCCUUCACAUUGCAGGAGUCAGAGUAUGGAGAAUACAGGCCAAUUCUGAGAAACCAGCCUGUUUUUUCUUUUCUUCCUUUAAGAAAUUAUGGGUUGAGAUUUAUUCUUCAAGGGGAUUUUGUCUUGCCUUCUUCAAGGGAAGAGGUAGAUGGUGAUAGCGCAUGGAACCAGUGGUUAUUGUCAGAAUUUCCUUCUUUAUUUCUUAGUGCAGAGCAAUCGUUCUGUUCACUUCCCUGCUUUCUGGAGAACCCCGGAAAAGCUGUGACAAUUUAUAUGAGCUUUGUUCCAUUUGUUGGGGAGGUUCAUGGAUUCUUCUCUCAACUCCCUCAAAUGAUUAUUUCCUUAUUGCGCAUAUCAAACUGCCUGCUUCAGGACAGCGUUGAUUUGACCUGGGUCCUUCCAUGUAGAGUUCUACGUGGUUGGAAUGAGGAAUCUCGCUUACUUCUCUCUACCGAAUUACUCCAGAAUCACCUAGGACUGGUUUACUUGCAUAAGGACGUCAAGUUGUCUGAUACUCUUGCAGCGACCCUUGGCAUUCGAGACUAUGGACCCAAAAUCUUGGUGGAGGUUAUGGAAUCAGUUUGCCACUCCCCAGAAGACCUCAAGUCUCUUGGCGUAGAUUGGCUUGCAGCCUGGCUUGCAGCAGUUUAUUCAUCACUUUCAAUGAAUUUGUCUCAGCAUUCCUCAUUUGCUGAGCUUGAAGAUGAUAUAGUCAAUGAUCUUAAAAAUAUCCCAUUCAUUCCGCUUUCUGAUGGCUCCUAUGGUUGUGUGGCCGAUGGUUCAAUAUGGUUACCUUGUGAUGUACUGAACAUAGGAUCCGACGGUGAAUAUCAUCCCGCAGAGUUUUCUUUUUUGUAUAAGAAACUUCAAAUUGUAACUCCUCAACUUUUUUCCGUAUCAACAAAAAAUGCUUACAGCUUGAGAGAGAUGAAAGCUGACAAUGUCAUGCAGAUGCUGCUUAAAAUUGGUGCUCAACAACUAGCAGCUCAUGAAGUUAUGAAAAGUCACAUUUUGGUUGCUUUGUCAAAUAAGCAUGCUUCUGAAGAUAGAGAUUUAAUGAUUGAAUAUUUAUCAUUUAUAAUGCUUCACCUGCAAAGUGAUUGUGCAAGUUGUCGCUCUGAAAGAGUAGAAAUAAUAACGGAGUUACGAAAAAUGCCUCUAUUACUAACAAAUCAUGGUUGCAAAUGUCCAUCUAUGGAACCUAUACACUUCGGAAGGGAGUAUGGGAAUCCUGUAGAUGUAGUUGCUCUUUUUGAUGCAGUUGAUGUCAAGUGGAUCGAAGUCGAUCCUUCGUACCUGAAGCAUCCUUCUACGCUUUCAUUAUCAUCAGGAUUGACGAAAUGGCGGGCUUUCUUCCUUGAUUUAGGAGUAACGGAUUUCGUGCAAGUCAACUUCGCCAAUAAGGAUGUAAAAGAUUUUCUCUGUGAGGGUAAAAUGAGCAUUGGGAGCUUUGAUUCCGCUACCUCAUAUGUCAAGGACUGGGAGUCUCCUGAGUUGGUUAAUCUAUUGUCUAUUUUUUCCACUAAAAACUUAAGGACAAAGUGUAUUUAUCUUCUUGAAGUUCUCGAUAAAAUGUGGGAUGAUGGCUACGGUGUUUAUGCUAAGAGUUUUAUCAUCUCUGAAACUGAUGGUGCAAAGGAACUAAGUGUUUCUUCUUUUAUGAAGAACAUCCAUGAAUUUUCUUGGAUAGCGUCCACAUUGGACAAGGAGCUCCAUCAACCUAAUAAUGUGUUUUAUGCCUGUGAGCAAGUUCAUUCUGUUCUUGGGGCAAUAGCUCCAUACGCUGUUCCAAAGAUAAAUAGCAAGGUACUUUUGAAUGACGUUGGAUUCAAGAUGGAAGUAUCAAUUGAUGAUGCUGUGAAAAUUCUUCAAUUAUGGAGAGUUUUUUUGUCACCUUUUGUUGCAAGCAUUGCUCAAAUGUUAAACUUCUACACUCUUAUCUCUACUGGAAUUUCAACCGCAUCAUCAAAGAUUAUUAAGGAGCUCAUAUCAACUUCUUUCAUUUUCAUUCCAUUUAUCCACUGUUGUCAAAGCAGUGCUCCUGCAUCUGGAAUGUUUUUAUCACCGAAAGAAGUUUAUUGGAAGGACCCAACUGGCUGUGUGGACAAGAUGAAGGAACUAAUGCUUUUGUGCACUUCGACGCACAAGGACAGUCACUUUCUGUGCUUGUCCUUGGAAACUGUGUACCCAACCCUUCAUGAUUUUUUUGUAAAUGUUUGUGGUGUGCCUGAAACACCUCCAUUUUCUGGCUAUUUUCAGAUCCUACAGCAAUUAUCAGCAAUAGCGUUGCCAUCACAAGCAGCACAUAAAGUGUUUCAGGUUAUGAAAAGGUGGGGUGAGGACCUAAAAUCUGGUCUAGUUUCACCAGAUCAAAUUUCAGAGUUGAAGGAUAAUUUUGCAAAAUUGGAAAAUACGGUGCUUCCGACUGAGCAAGAUAAAUGGGUUUCUCUACAUCCUUCAUUUGGUGUCAUUUGCUGGUCGGAUUCUGGUGAGCUAAAGAAGAUUUUUAAAUACUCUGAUGGUGUUGACUUCAUACAAUUUGGUGACCUCAGUGUGGAGGAGAAUGUCAUGCUCUUAGGCAGCGUUGCUACCUUUUUUCAUAAUAUCGGCGUUCCCGCUCUCUCAAAGAUUGUGUCACGCGAAGCAAUUUUUUAUGGUACAGAAGAUAACAGAGACAAAGUUUCUUUAGUAAAUUGGGUUAUUCUUUAUGCGCAACGCUAUAUUUAUAAUUUGCACCUGGAUGCAUAUCUUAAGUUGAAGCAACUGGGAUUUGAAAAGCUUACUCGGUUGCAAGUAGUUGUUGUGAGCAAGUUGUUUUACAAAUAUACCUUACAAGGUCGUGGCUUUGUGUCAAAACGGCGGUUUGAAUGCAACUGCCUUCUGCAGGGUAACAUUUUGUACGCAUGUCCCGAAACUGAUGCUCAUUCAAUGUUCUUGGAGCUUUCUCGGUACUUCUUCAAUGGCUCUUCAGAACUGCACUUCGCCAAUUUUCUUCACAUGGUGACAGCCAUGGCGCAAUCUGGCUCCACCGAUGAACAAAUUGAAUCUUUUGUUCUCAAUAACCAAAAGAUAUCAAAGUUACCUGAUGAAGAUUCUCUUUGGUCCAUUUCAUCCGCAUGCGAAGCAGACACACUUAAAACUUCACCGUCAAUGCCUGUUCCCGACGACCUCAAAUGUGGAUUUUCAAAGCCUUCGCAUAAAAAAACAGGUAUAAUUACCUGCUGGCCGCCUACAGAUUGGAAAAAUGAUCCUGAUUUUCAAUAUUGUCGAAGAAGAAAGCUGUGGAUGCCGCCAUAUGAUGGCUUAAAUGGUGGUUUAAAUAAAGUUGCUGAAGAUUCUGCUCAGAUGGAAGAUCCAAUAUCUGUUGAGAUUACGGGGAACUGGACCUUAGAAGAAGGGCAAGAUUUAGAAUUAAUCCAUUUACAAUCUAACCCAGUUGGACUGACUGAUUCUGCACAAUUGCUCCAAGAUCCUGCUUUAGAACCCACAAGUCAUUUUGAAGAAAAUGGUAAAAUCUCUGCCGUAGAAAGGAUUAAGAGGCCAACAUCUGAUGAUUUUCACGAAUGGAGAAAGACCGGCAGACUCGGAGAGAUGUUAGCUUUCAAAUACUAUACUGAGGAACUUGGCUGCACUGAUGUGAGAUGGAUUAAUGAAGAAACUGAGUCAGGGUUACCCUUUGAUUUGGUUGUUGGAGAGAACGAAGCAAGGGAGUAUGUUGAGGUAAAGGCAACCAAGUCUGCAACUAAACAUUGGUUUGACAUUUCUUGCAGGGAGUGGCAAUUUGCAUUGGAGAAAGGGGAUUUAUACACUGUAGCUCAUGUGACUAUAUCGGACGCAGAUAAAGCGAAUAUCACACUGUUGAAAAAUCCGUACAAGUUGUGCCGUCAGAACGUCCUCAAACUUGCACUUGUGAUGUCGAAACGUUAAAAGUAUGCAAGAUAACUUGUUGGUUGACAGCUUAAUCUUUCGAUCAUGAAGUUCUGGGUUCAAAGUCUUGCAUAUGUGGUGUUUGUUUCCGUGUUUUAGCUCAAUUUUUUUUUUAAAAAUGGAACGCUAAAGCUGAUGUUUUUCGUGCUUGAUUUCAACACAGCUAAAAUUUUAGCAGUACCAAAUCCAAAUAUUGGUUGGUUUGGGGGUUAUAUGCUGAAAUACAGUUUGUGGAAAUCUGAUGAAUUCAAACGGAUACAUGUUCAGGGAUUUGGAGGAGUAAUUUAAUCAUCUGCACCCCCAUGGAAACAAGCCCAAGUUCAGUUUUUUUAUGGAGAUUGUGUUAUUUUGGCAAGGCACUCCAGCAAGUGGCUAAGGUGAUGUGUAUAAAAGUUUAUCUUAUUUGAAUUAAUUUUGUUUUACUCUAUGUAUAUCCUAUGUAAGUUCUUUAUAUCUAUUCAGUUAAUGUACUGUGGAUAGGUGCCAAGUUUUUAAAAAAUCAAACCUUUUUUUUUUCUUUUGUUUUUAAA